CUCUCAUAGUCUGGAAACUUUCACCAAAAUAAUAUUACAGGAUGAUAAAAUCUUCUCCAUUCUGCUCUCUUCUUCUGAUUUUUGUUUUAAUCUCCUCUAUUACCUCCUCCAAGGCUUCAAUUUGCUCCAAAAAUGGAAUACCAUUAGUUAGGAAUAUCAGUGAGCUUCCGCAGAGUGAUUAUGGGAGAGGAGGACUAUCACAUAUCACUGUUGCUGGUUCAGUUCUACAUGGAAUGAAAGAGGUUGAGAUAUGGCUCCAAACAUUUUCUCCAGGAUCAAGGACACCAAUCCACAGGCACUCUUGUGAAGAAGUGUUUGUGGUCUUAAAAGGGAGUGGUACGCUUCUUAUUGCCUCAAAUUCACAUGAGAAACAGCCUGGAAAGCCGCAAGAGUUUCCGAUAUUUUCGAAUAGUACAUUUCAUAUCCCCAUGAAUGAUGCUCAUCAGGUUUGGAAUACAAAUGCAUAUGAUGACUUGCAGGUUUUGGUUGUAAUAUCUCGUCCGCCUGUUAAAGUGUUCAUGUACGAGGAUUGGUUUAUGCCUCACACUGCAGCCAAAUUGAAGUAUCCUUACUACUGGGACGAAGAUUGCUUCUACUCGCCCAAAGAUGAGUUGUGAGAAGUACACAGUCGAAAAAAAAUUGUUAUCUGUCUAUCAAGAUAUACAAUUUAUGAUGAUCAAUAGUAUCACGGAUAUGUGGCAGAAAGAUCAGAGAAAUUUGUAAACUGUGUAUAGAAGCGAGAACAACCUUGUUUUUUUACACCUUAUCUUGUGUUGGAGUUUAACUGAACAACCUUGCUGAACUCAGCGACUCAAUAGUUUCCUGAAAUUCUUUUAUUCCUUUUUAUUAACGCCUUGUGAUGUCUUAAUAAUACUACAGUAUCACAAUGGCCAAAUCCAUUAUUC